AACGUACAGCGUACGACUCGUGUAUUCUACGUAGUUGCAAGAGAGAUGGCAGAAGUCGCACCCGCUCCCGCCGCCGCGCCGGCCAAAGCGCCCAAGAAGAAAGCAGCUUCGAGAGCAAAAAAAGCCGGCCCUAGCGUCGGCGAGCUGAUCGUCAAAGCCGUUUCCUCGUCUAAGGAGAGGAGCGGCGUGUCUCUCGCUGCUCUGAAGAAAGCGCUGGCUGCCGGCGGAUACGAUGUGGAGAAGAACAACUCCCGCGUCAAGAUCGCCGUUAAGGGUCUCGUGACUAAAGGCACUCUGGUGCAGACCAAAGGGACCGGCGCGUCUGGCUCUUUCAAGCUGAACAAGAAGCAGACCGAAGCCAAGAAGCCCGUGAAGAAAGCCGCGCCCAAAGCGAAAAAGCCCGCCGCGGCUAAGAAGCCCAAGAAGGUAGCGGCCAAGAAACCCGCCGCCACGGCCAAGAAGUCUCCUAAGAAGGCGAAGAAGCCCACAGCCGCCGCAAAGAAAGCCACCAAGAGCCCGAAGAAGGCGAAAAAGCCCGCGACCCCUAAAAAGGUAGCCAAGAGCCCCAAGAAAGCGAAAGCUGUCAAGCCCAAGACCAAAAAGCCUAAAGCGGCAAAGGCGAAGAAGGCAGCACCCAAAAAGAAGUAAAGACGUUUGUUUCUUUCAUGCUUUUGUUCCUUAAACGGCUCUUUUAAGAGCCACCCAUAUUUUCCUUUAAAGAGUAACAUUUUCAGUCAAGCUUUAUGGAAUCAAAGCAAUACACGUUAGAAACAUAUAAUAGUAUGGAUACACAUAUCUGAUCACAGAAUAUGUAGGAUAACAUAUUGAUACAUAAUAAAUCAAUGUUAAUGAUAAGAAUAAAUAAAUUCAGUAUAUAGUUGUUACUUC